AUGUGGGGACGUGGAUUCAAACCAUCUCAGUCAUCCAGUGAAGAGAAUAGUAAAAAUACCAGUAAUGAUUCUAAAGAGAGUGCUGGAUGGUCUCGGAGUCACCAACGUAACCCCAGUGAUGCAUCUAUCGGUUCUGCAAGUAGUUUAGUCGUGUUUAAUGAUAAACCGAUCCCGAGUGAGCGUACUCGCAACGGAAGCGUAGGAUCGUCAAGUUCAGUAAAAAGUGUACCACCAAAUAAUCAACAGGGCAAGAGGGAAGGUUCUAUAAGUUCAUCAAAGAGUGCCCCACCAUCUGCAUCUGGUGCUAAUGGCAGUGACAAUGUGUUUGUAUCACCAAAUGAACAAAGACUAAAAUCACCUCCGUCCAAUGAACUUAAAGGUCAAAGACAGAUUCCUAACAGUGCUAGUACUGCCAGUGUUGAUAGUCUUACCAGUGACAGACAACCUGAAAGUAUCCUGAACCCAAUUCCAAUAUUAAG